AUGGCGACCUCUCUCCUCUCUCGCUUUGUUCACCCCUCUCUUGCCUGGCGCCCAGCUGCAAAGAACCCGCCUGUCGCGGGGGAUCUUGCCUACACAAUCAACGAGGACGAGCCGCUCAUUGUCACGGCAGCCAACGGGCUGCUUUCCAACAUCAACGCCGCGGACGGCGACGUGCUGGCGGUAAAGUCCUACACGCAGCCCGCGCACGGCCGCCUGGCGGUCAACGAUUCUGACGGGUCCUUCGUCUACGACCCAGACGCGGACUACAACGGGCAGGACACGUUCACUUACAGCGUCUCCAAUGGCGCAGCAACAUCCACGGCGUCUGUCUCAAUUACUAUAAAUCCCGUCGCCGACGUGCCGCAAGCGACGGGGGCCACCAUCUCUUUCGUGACCUACAGGAACACACUCCUGGAGGUCCCCGCGGAGGGCGGUUUGCUGACGCCUGGCCUCGUCUUCACCAAUCCCAACAACGAGACGCUGUCCGUUGAGCUUGUCAGCGGGCCUGGCUCCAGUUUUGGCAAGGUCCAGGUGUUCCCCAACGGCUCGUUCACAUUCACACCGACGCUUACGAGCGCAAAGAAGGGGCCGACCAACGUUGGAUACUUCCAGGUUCGCGCACGCGGCGCGGGCGGGCAGCUCUAUAACGAAACCGCCACGAUCGGUCUCGUCACCAUCUUCGGCCUGGCUCCGCUGCUCCCAGCCAUUCGGCUGUACACCGUCACCCUCACCCCGCGAGGCUGCGUCUCCACCGACCGAUUUGAGUACUCCAUCAAUGCAACCGCCGGCCGCAUCGUGGUGGCGCAGCCCAAAGGCAAGAUGGCGGUCGUCGGCGCGCCCAAAGGGCUCGCGAUCCAGAUCGUGCCCGAGGGUGCGAACUUCCCACCGACGGCAAAGGCGUGCAACAUCACCCUGCGCUCGAUCAAAUUUACGGCGGGGCUUGGGCGGCUCUUCACGAAGGACCACAACUGGAGGUUUUUCAAGUGUUUGAAGGCCCUGAAGUUCACAUGCGGGGGCGGGAUGAGUUACAAGUUCCGCGCCGCGGCGGCCAAAACCUCGGCGUACCGCCAGGGCGAGUGGUCGAACGAGGUUGUGGUUGCCCCGCAGUGUCAGGGCAAGGCCCUGUCGUGUCGCAACAUCUGGAAGUCCUGA